AUGCCGCUUUAUUCGCAGCCGCUCUGCGCUCCCGACACCAAAGCACAAGUUUCCAAAGUUCAGCCGCUCAACGCAAAGCCCAGCCCGCACCGGGCUCCCAUCUGAGGUGAGCCUCGUUGCGUUGAUAUGGUAAUAUUUUCUGAAUGGCAUCGGACCGCCUUGGACCUGAAGACCAGCAGCUGCAUGCCGAUGACUGGUGAAGACACUGGUUUGGGGGCUUUGGCCUCACCGCUGGCGGGGUAUUUGGGAAAAGUCAGUGGAGCUUUAGCUUCCUCUCCUUGUUGUCACUUGCGCAAAGCUGAAUUUUGUUUGAAAAAACUACUGCUGUUGGGCAACAAAUUCAAACUAAGUUUUGCCACGUGCUUUCCAAAGGUUCAGGGAAGAGCUGCUUCACUGGAGUAUUGUCCUUGGUGCGCUUCAAAGGGCUUUUCUUAUGCUCUGCGCUCCUACCGUAUCAACCUGCAGGAGUCUAUCACCCUCUGCACAAACCCGCUGUGCCUUUUCCCGCUGGUCACCCGCCCCUUGGAGGAUGUCUUGGCUAGCUUGGAUCCGGUGGAGCCCACUGCGGGAAACAAAAGAAAAAUGUCCUCCGUACUGGAAACGGGAGAGCUGAUUAAACCGCCGCUCAAAUCCCUGCGAUUAAGUGAAGAUGAGGCUCCAGAGCCCGUCUGCCCAGCGGAGCGCGGCGCAGUGACCCUCACAGCCCCUGAGCCUGGAGGGGAAAAGGCUAACGGAUACCACAGCACCUCGCCGCACGCAGAGACGACAGGAUGGACGUCGCUGCAAGAUGAGGAUGUUGUCCAGCAGACGCCGUCAGACAGGGCUGCUGGUACAGCUGACCUUGCCCCGCCCACACGCUCCUCGCCAGUCGGGAACUUGUUGGGAGUUUUGUUAGCGACCGAUGAAGAGGAGCCCGCCCCCUCACCUGGUCUGUCGGAGACUGACCUCCCACAGAGGAACAGCACAGAAACAAUCAAGCAAACCGUGGACAAAUCACAGACCGCAGCCAUCAUGUGUAAAACCACAGACGACGUUAAGCCGGGGAGCCAGGAUCUGUCCCGCGUCUCAUCAGGAGAGCCGGAGGCGCUGGAAUCUGUCCCCGAGCAUCUGUUCUGGAGCAACACGCACAACCUGUGCUGGCUGGACUCCACGCUCGCCGUUUUGGUGAGCUGCAAGAGCCUAAAGCGUAAGCCUAACGAUGAGCCCCAGCGCUCGCCUGUGUGGCAGCUGAUUAAAGGACAUGAAGACAUUUGUGCUGCCGUCCAGGAGCACAAACGCACAGGCAGGGAUGGAGUUACACGGGUACCGAGUCAUGUGCUGCAGCAGGCCAACCUCGACCUGCAGACUCUCAGGAUGUCGGCCUUCCAACUACUGCAGCCCAAACUGCACUGCAAGCUUGGUCAAAGGGAGACUCCAGUGUUCGCCCUGCCGCUGCUGCUCUCAAUGGACCCGUGGCUGGAGCGUCUCUUCCAGCUGACUUUUCAGUGGGAAUUCAAGUGCACCAAAUGCAAAGUCACCACAAGAGAAAACGUUACAAAGAUUCUCCCCACCUUCACAAAUAUUGUGCCUGACUGGCAGCCUCUGCAUGCUGUUCAUUUUGGGCCCUGCAACAUGUGCAGCAAGAAGAAUCAGAGGAGGACCAUGCUGUUGGACAGGGUUCCUGCAGUGUUCGCGCUGCAUUUUGUGGAGGGGCUUCCUGACAACGAUGUCAGCAUGUACGCCUUCGACUUCAAAGGGAAACACUACGCCGUCAGCGCCGUCAUACAGUACCGAAAACAACUGAGGCACUUCUCGCUCUGGCUUUCUAAUGGAGACGGUUCGUGGCUGGAAUAUGACGACCUACAACACCCGUACUGCAAGACCCAUCCAGGGCUUGAGCUCCCAGCUGAUGAGAUGCAUGUCGUCUUCUGGGAGGAAGAGGAGUCUGAGCCCUCUGCCUGCUCUCCCUCCACUACUUUUGUUGAGUCCCCCCCUCUUGAAAAGCAGGGUGUCCGCAGUUUAGGGGACAGAGCAGGAGAACCUUUGGCUCCGGGUUUAGAUGGGUCCCUGCUGAUGACUCACGAGGACACAGACAUCGUCUGUGCGUUCUCGGAGGAGGACACGGCGCUCACAGCCGGCGUGGACACGUCGAUAGGGGCCACGACGCUGCUCGACACCUUUGAAGGCCUCAGUCCCAAUGACAUCAUCACACUCACUCUAGUAGAACUGAACGCAGAUUGUGACACGCCCGCUCUGCCAGAGGACCAGCAAACUCAGGACCAGCGUCCCUCCACGAGGGCGGACCAGGCGAGCGCCGCCCCCGAUGGCCCCGCCCCCGAUGGCCCCGCCCCCGAUGGCCCCGCCCCCGCCGCAGGGAGUCACGCAGGUCCCCCAGAUCCCGCCCCGCCUCCCGCCACCCCCAGCUCAUCAGACACACACCCAAAGGAGAACUCCUCCGGUGGUCCGGCGUGUGUGCCCGCCGCCGCCAGCGGGCGUGGGAAAGGACGGGGUCCAGGGAAGGCGGUCCGUAGGCCGCGAGGUAAAAAGGCGGCCUCAUCAAAAGCGGCUUCACGCGCCUCGCCGCCCACGCGCUCCGAGCCCUCUGAAGCAGCCGCCGACAAAUCUGCCGGGAAGGACAACGUGCCCCCCGCCGCCGCCACGCAGCCGGCCUCCCCCGUGUCUUCCAGCAACACCUCACCACUGUCCAGCAGCCAGACAGGCCCCGCCCAGGAAACCCCGGUCAGCCAGGACACUCACUGGAGUUUCCGGCUGAGCAGACACCCGCUCGGCCAAGGCCAGAGGUCCCUCCCCAGUGUGGCACCCACCCACAGACCGCCCCCAAACGCCCAAACGAAGUCCCCCGACCCCGUUCACUCCACCCCCAACCUCGUGAGAAGGCCGCCGCUAGCUGUGGGACUGCCCAGUCCUCAGCUCAGCACGGAUGAGAGCGGCGGCUUCCCGCCCAAAGCUGCAGAAAUGUACGGAGGCUUUGCUACCAAGAGCGCACCCACCCCGGGUCUGCCGCUGCCCCCUGCCCCCCCCAGAGCCAAAUCAAAAGAGUUUCACUCCAUGCCUUCCAACCACCAAACACACACCACAGUCAUCUCAACUACGUCUCCCCCAGCAACUGGGGCUAAGCAGGGCUCUGAAAUCCUCUCAUCAAUGAAACACAGCAGCCAGUCCUCCAAAGCGCUCCCAGGUCCCGGUGACACUGAAGCCCUCAGGUACAAACUCAUAAAGAAACUAAAAGCUAAGAAGAAGAAGCUUGCAAAGCUAAACAACCUACUGGGUUGCAAGGGGGACGCGAGUGUCCAAUCAAACGGCGCCAGCCAGAGCUCUCCUGGAACUGUGACCUCCAGCACUUACGACGGCUCCACCUGUGACGACUUCCUCUCCGACCUGCUCUCGCCAACAACAACCACAGCCAGCAGCCUGUCUCCAGACAGCACCGACUUCCUGGAGAUGCUCACCAGCGGGCAAGACGGAGUUGACCGGUUUGACUGCAGGGUCCCUGCUGCUGGUUCCGCGUCCCAAAAUAACUCUGGUGCAGACAGACCCAACACCGAAAACUUCCUCGAAGAGUUUUUCUCACAGUGCUUUGAAAGCAGCUGA